AUGUUAAAGGCUAAAAACUUUUGGCUGACACAAUGGACUGGAUUUACUCAAUCGCGAGAGCAAUGGGGACAGCGGGAGGACAGGGAGGAGCAAGGGCAGCCGCAGCCCCUGCCUCCGCCGGUACCGGUAACUGAGCUGAAUGAGCCUCUCUCAAAUGAGGAUAGAAACCUGCUGUCUGUAGCCUACAAGAAUGUAGUUGGAGCUAGACGAUCUUCCUGGCGUGUCAUCAGCAGCAUAGAGCAGAAGACUAUGGCAGAUGGGAAUGAGAAGAAGCUGGAGAAGGUUAAAGCCUAUAGGGAGAAGAUAGAAAAGGAGCUUGAGACAGUCUGCAAUGAUGUUUUGGCUCUCCUAGAUAAAUACUUGAUCAAGAACUGCAAUGACUUCCAGUAUGAGAGCAAGGUGUUUUAUCUGAAAAUGAAAGGGGAUUACUACCGCUAUUUGGCAGAAGUUGCUGCUGGAGAGAAGAAGAACAGUGUUGUGGAAGCCUCAGAAGCUGCCUAUAAAGAGGCUUUUGAAAUCAGCAAAGAGCACAUGCAGCCCACUCACCCAAUUAGGCUUGGGCUGGCACUCAAUUUCUCAGUGUUCUACUAUGAAAUCCAGAAUGCUCCUGAGCAGGCCUGCCUUUUAGCCAAACAAGCCUUUGAUGAUGCCAUAGCAGAGCUGGACACACUAAAUGAGGAUUCCUACAAGGACUCCACUCUCAUCAUGCAGUUGCUUCGAGAUAACCUCACUCUGUGGACGAGUGAUCAGCAAGAUGAAGAAGCAGGAGAGGGCAAUAAUUAGAAAGCUUUCCUUCAAUCCCUCUUUCAUCCACUUCACCAUCCCCAUCAUCACCAAUAUUUCCUUGCCACAGUCACACUAAAUAUCUAGUGCUAAGCAUAUCUGUAUUGUACAGCUGUUCAGAUCUGCUGUCCACUUUAUCAAGAAGCAGUUUCAGAUGAGUCUUUGUGGGCAUUGAUGGAUUGAUUGAUUUAUUGGCCCUAUUUAUCUUAGUUGCACUUGAGCAGUGCAGAAAGAUGCAUAGUAAAUGAGGCAUUUUUAGUUUGCCUGUUGAUUGGAAAAUAUGGGAAAGAAUAAUGGAAAGUGAUUAGAGUCCAGUUAAAUUUUUUUUUCCAUUUGAAAUGAGCUGACAGUUCUGUUAAGCAGUACAUUUUGUGCAUGCAAAAUAAAUUAGCCACCCCAAAUUUUUUUCAGUCAAUGAAAACAGUUAAGCUGAUGUGAAAUGACAACCCUGUUCAUCAGUUUACAAUAAACUGUUUGAAAUGUGAGGUUUCAGUAGCAAUUUGGUUUUUUGCCUCUAACUUAUGUGCACAGUUUCUUUUAAUGCAGUGCAUCUACCUAAGAGUUUUGAUACUUGUAACCUUUUGCAGUUGUUUUGAAGAAUCAUGAAUUUAUUUUUUGUAAACUCUUUGGCUGUUUAGUUGUCUGUGUAUUCUGACAACACUUUGUCAAUAUUAGCCCAUGUUAAGAUGGAUGACUGAGAUGCCAGACUUCUAAAUUAAAUGUUUUGGAAUUAAAUGAAUAAAAUAAAAUGCUGCUUCGGGGAUGUUAUCUCUA